AUGGCAACGGAAGCCUACGAAAAAGUCUUUGUCAUGGUGGACAAGACUGUGAACAGUGCCGGAGAGUUGCUGAAACGGUUGCAAUCACGUUCACCAGAUCGAACACAGAAUGAGGGUGUUCGUAUACCAUCACUAGUAAACGUAAAAUGUUUGGAUAAGUCCAGUGGUCAAGGGAAGAACGCUGCUCAUGGUGACGUGACAAUUGAACACGCUGACAACGUUUACAUCACUUGUGAAUCAGAUGAUGCACUGACUGUUGCGAAAUUUCCAAGUGUCUCUCGUUUUACGGUAGUGAUGCCGGAUAACGUCGCUGCUCAACGGCAUCAUUUAGGAAUUUUGCUCCUUGUUUUCUUCUGGGCGUCAAUUGUAACGGAAAACAAAAAAGUUGCUCAUGAAAUUGAAGUAGCAAAACUUACGACGAAAUCGAAAAAGUUACCUGAGUCAUCAACUCGAUCACACUCAUCGUCAAAGAGAAGCGCUUCCUCUAUACGCGAUUCAUCCUCGAAGAAAUUUCCAACGAGAACAGCAACAAACUUGAAGAAAGCGACAGGACCGCCGAGUCAAUCUGAUUCAUUGUUAAAGGAAGGCGUUCACUAUAGAGAUAAUAAGGUGACAGUUCCGUCCUCGGAGAAAGUGAAAGGUUCGGAAAGUCAGUCCGAUUUGUCGCCAAAGAGAUGUCUUCUCACUAAAGGCCCAGUAGAUUCAUAUUCAAAAAAACUUCAGAAAAAAACACAAACUAUAAGCACGAAAAAAGAAAAGACGUCAACUGCCACAGAUCCGUCGUCAAAGACCGCUGUUUCGGAUGACAGUAUUGCAUUAUUUUCGGAAAAUAUUCCACCGCCGGUUGGAAAGCAUGUAAUCGUCCCAUCAAGCAGAUUUCCACGACUUGGAAAACCAGUGACUCGACUAGAGAAGAAAUCGACGAGGAAAAAGAAAAAACAGAAGAAAAAAUCCCAGUUUGAAUCCGGAGGACCCCAGUCGUAUCUUUAUCUAUCGAAUCGUUAUGUGGUGGCUGGACGAAAAGUGAAGAAGCAUGGAGAUGACGACGAGGCAAAGAAGGAGACGAAAUCCAAGCGGGAGAUCAAGAAGGAGAGAAAAAAGACGAGUGAUAGUGUUUCCACAGCCUCAACUUCGUCAUCUUCGGCGGAGCAAUUCCAGCAAGCAAGCGAGACUUCAACGUCGAUCAACCCAGUAUUUGAAGUGUUGAAUAUCAGAAAAAUUGGAAAGCGUUACCCAAGACAAGAGACAAAGACAGCAGUGACGAAACGUGAAAGGAAAGAACAGAGAACCAGUUCGGCGCGGAAACCUGUGUCCUGUCUCGAUCUGUCGCUUAACCGUUACGCAAUUGCCGGUAGAAGAGUGAAGAAAACUGUAGAGUCUUCAUCAUCACUUAUUUCCUCAAAGACCAGUAAUACUGGCAAAGCCAAAACGUCGAAGAAAGGGAAAACUAUUGAUGCAGUGAACACAGCUAAGAAAGCGAAGCGGUCAACUAGCAAAGAACUCAAAGACCACGAAGUUCAUACAGCUCGUGCUGCUUCGACGAAAUCUGCAAUCAGUCCUGUGAUAGAUGCGGAGUUUCUUUGUCAGCGACGUCCACGUCUAGCAACACGAGCACUAAGAAAGCCACAAAUUCGACAACAUGUACACACUAAGCUGAGAGGGCCAUUUCGUUUCCAGAAUGGAGGGAAAGGAGUUGAGCUUACCUUCCUUGACUACAAAAAAGCUCACUAA